GCUCGAUACCGUUAGAGAGCUUGAACCGGCUCAGAUAACCCCGCACUUGUCGCAUGCGCGCGCGCAGUGAUGUGGUUUAUUGUGUUAUUGUUGACAUUUUCUGUGGCUGAUGGGUCAAAUCGACCUCAUAUCGUCUACAUACUUGCUGAUGAUUUGGGCUGGAAUGACGUGGGGUUCCACGGCUCCAAUCAGAUCCCCACGCCUAACAUCGACGCCCUGGCGUACGCUGGUCUGCCGCUCCACAACUACUACGUGUCACCGAUAUGUACCCCGUCCAGAUCCGCGCUUAUGACUGGCAAAUACCCGAUACAUACUGGUAUGCAACAUGGCGUUCUAUACGGAAUGGAGGCCAGAGGUCUCCCUCUGUCAGAGAAGUUGCUGCCGCAAUACCUGAAGGAACUGGGGUACAAGACACACCUGGUAGGGAAAUGGCACCUUGGCAGCUACAGGAAGGAAUACCUACCAAAAAGCAGAGGUUUCGAUACGCACACAGGUUUCAUCACUGGUAAAAUAGAUAUGUAUGACCACACCAACGUUGAGCAAGGAACUUGGGGCUUCGACUUCAAACGCGAUUCUGAUGCGUUGGUAUCCGAUGAUUUAUUUGGCAAAUAUGUAACUGAUAUCUUCACUGACGAAGCAGUUCAGAUAAUCUCAAUGCAUAAUAAAACCGAUCCCCUUUUCUUGAUGGUGGCGCACUCUGCCGUGCAUAGUGGGAACCCUUACGAGCCGAUAAGAGCGCCCGAUAGCGUCAUCGACAAGUUUACGUACAUACAGAAUAGACAGCGACAGAAGUUUGCUGGGGUGCUAACUAAGCUGGACCAGUCAGUGGGCCGCGUGUUGGCAGCCCUGCAGACACACAGCAUGUUGCACAACACUGUCCUCGUGUUCAGCUCCGACAACGGCGGCCCCGCGGCCGGAUUCAACGACAAUGCAGCUUCGAACUUUCCGCUUAGAGGGGUAAAAAACACCCUUUGGGAGGGCGGCGUCCGCGCCGCGGGGCUGAUAUUCAGCCCCCUGUUACAGAAGAGAAGUCACGUGGCCACACAGCUCAUGGACAUUUCUGAUUGGCUGCCCACCUUGUACAGUGCGGCUGGGGGAAACGUCACGCAACUGGGGAGCAUAGACGGUGUAGACCAAUGGGAAGCGUUGUCCAAAGACCUGGACUCUGUCCGCACAGAAGUGCUGCACAACAUUGACGACAUCUGGGGCUUGGCCGCGCUCACUGUGUGGCCCUGGAAGCUCAUCCAGGGUACGAACUACAACGGCACUUGGGACGGGUGGUUCGGGCCAAAUGGCCGCCAGGGGUCAUACAACAUAAGCAAAGUGUUCGAUUCUCCAGCAGGGAGAACUCUAAAAGGCCUCGGAUAUAUGCCGAGUGCUGGCACUGUUGGCCAAAUGCGUAAAGCGGCGACGGUGAAGUGCGACUAUAGCGCUCCCAAAGUGAAAUGCCAGCCGCUGCAAGCGCCGUGCCUCUUCAACGUGCAGCAAGACCCUUGCGAGAUGAAUAACUUGGCGGCCAGUUUGCCCUCAAUCCUACAACGCCUGGCUUCGUCUCUGUCGCAGUACAACGCCACGGCUGCGCCGGCGCACCCACCCAAGCUGGACCCGCGCGGGAACCCCAAGUUUUGGGGUCGACUGUACUUCAACUUCGGGGACUUUAUCAAUAUCACCACUAACACCAGAUGAUGUUACUGUAGAGUAGGGAUUAUCCUAUCUUAUCACGCCAGAAAGCAGCAUUUGGUGGAAACUUAGACAGAGAAUAGUAUAAACAUCGUCACAAAGACAAGGCUAAAUACUAGCUAGCGCACCCAAAUAAGAGAUAAAAAAAUUUCCAUACAACUUCCCGAUCCAUUUCAUAUUAAAGGACAAAAAAUAUAACACUCUGUCAUUUUUCUUCUCUGUAUACGAAAAAAAAAAUACUGUAGACAUAGUUUCCUUUCUCUAAGAAGAGACACGAGAAGAGAAAAUGCGUACAAGAGAAAUGCAUGUUUGAAAUAAAUACUCGAGACAAAAGGGGACGGAGUGUGUCUUUUGUCCCACAUCAUGUUGUAUAAGAUAAUCCGCGACUUUGUAUGGAAAUAUUUUGUCUCAUUUGGCGACGAUAGCUCGUUGUCUUUAGUUUUCUUUGUCUUUGCCCAUAAUAAAAUGGUGUAUUUUAUGAAUGGAUACUAUGUGAGCUUGUGAAAUAUGUUGUUAUUAGAUUUAUUGAUUUGUAUUUGGAUAAAAUUAAAUCGAAAUUGACGUGGCUGAAUACCUAACCUUAAACAAACCUAUACGAUUUCUAACGUUAUUUGAUUGAAAGGAUCUAUGUAAACAUAAGUAGGAAAAUAAUAAAAAUAAUAAAUACCAAAACAGAAAAUUUUAAUUCAUCAACAAAAACAAA